AUGGAUGAUGGCAUUUUCAAGGUCGUUCGAGACCCGUUCUUCUCGGAACUUGUGACGGUAGACGAGGUGGAUGGAUGGCUUAACUUCGAGUCGGAUUUGAUGGUGACAGGUCAGCAAAGGAUUUACAUUCGUUCUUCAUACAAGUCGAUCGCUGAUCAGGCGCUGUCAAAGGAUGAGCCCGGCAUGGAGAAGAAGUAUGCGGUCGUCACCGGUACGCCUAGGGUCGGGAAAUCGGUGUUCCUCUACUAUGUGAUGUGGAGAUUGGUCAAGGAAGGAAAGCGCGUGUUGUUUUUGACCGAAGAGCCGCCAGUCUACUUCGACGGCAGCGGAGCAGGAUGCGCGUCACAAGUCUUCGUGGAGGAGCGCGUGGCCCAGGCGCGUCUCGAGGCGGUGGCGCGCACUCAAGCGCUCGUGUGCGCUAUUAACCAAGCUUACGGAGACCCCAUGGCACUGGAGCGUCGCGUGGACGACCGCAUCCAGAGGGUGCUGACGAUGCUGCAGGACGCCAGCCUCAGUCAAGCGCGAGAGAUGGCAAGCGCAGCCUUGAGGGCGGAACAAGCAGUGCAGACGUUGAUGGCCAACCUCAACGACGAGUUUCUGCAGCUAGCGCGUGCUGUUGCAGUAUCGGAGGUUGAUAUUCGUCUGGGCCAGGCGAUGGCGAUUUUGGAGGAGAGAGUCGUGCGUCGCGCUGAAUCGCACGUGUUGGGGCUCGUGAAGAGCUUGUUGGAGGAGAAUCGCAGACAGUGGCAAAGGCAGCUAAUGGAGCUGCAACAUCUGGUGGAAGAACGCCUGGAGCAGCGACUGAGAGAAACCAUCGUUGUCGCCAAGAAAGCUGCGGAAGCGCAAGCGCGUGAAGUCAUCAGUGAAUCUGCUGGAGAGUCGACGUCACUAAAGAUUGCUCGUUUGCAAGCUCAGCAGGAUGUGGCUGAGCGUGCGCUUCAACGUGCUGCAGAGCUGAAAGCUAUUGCAGCUCGUGAGCUGGCCGAAAAACGAGCACAGAAGCGCACGAGCUCACCAGCACACAUCAAGGGCGGGAGGCCGGCAAUAAACACCGCCAGACCCACGCUUCCAGCCGCAUAA